UCAGUGGCCUGGUCACAGGGAGAGGAACCCUAGUCUAUCCUGCCGAUCCUGCCGCCGCUAUCUCUGAGCGCCCCCCCCCCCCCCCCCUCUCCCACCGCGCGCGCGCUCCGCCGCCGGCGAGCCUGGAUUCUAAGAUCCCCGGUAUGUCUUGUUGCAUUUUUCGCGAAAUAAUUCCGAGGGAGCCUGAGCCGGAGGACUCGAUUUCCUUGCGCAAUCCGGACCGAAAGGCGAUCGAUUUUCGUUUGAAUUGCAAGCGGAGUCGAAAAGGAGCGAUUUUUAUUAGUUUUUGGCUCGAGAAGUUGUAAUCGGAAUCGGAAUCCGUCCUCCAGUAUCCUCCCUUUUUGGAGGAGAGCCGACGAUUGGUUUGCUUUGUUACGUCGGCCCUAUAUAGGAGGAGGAGAAUAGGCGCUCGUCGAUCAAAUAAGCUGGCGCCUCCGGUUGUCACAGGGAAGGGACAUCAAUAAGGCUGGUUGUUCAUCCGAUCAGCCAUGAAGAACAGGAAAGGUCGCCGCAGCCGCAAUAAAGAAACUCGCAACGAAGCAGCUGCUGGCAAUGGAGACAGGAUUAGCAAGCUGCCCGAUGACAUUCUGCUCAACAUCCUGGAGAGGAUGGACACACUCGAUGCCCUCAGAAUCUGCAUUCUCUCCAAGCGAAUGCUCAAGCUCCCCACCAUGCUCUCACAGAUUGCCGUAAACAUUGGUAACCUGGCUGCUCGCGUUGAUACCUGUGCUUUCGGCAUCCGCGAGGUAGUCCGAAUCAACGGAGCUGUGGUUGAUGUACUGGAGAACAUCUUGAGCACGAGGAGACCAGAGAUCACCAUCCGCAAACUCCAUGCCAGAUUCGUCUUGAGGCAUUACGACUGUCUCUCGAUUGGCAAAUCUUUUGCCCGCGCCAUGGCAACCCAGAAGGUCGAGAAAGCUGAGAUCGAGAUCAUGGCAGAGAAGAGUAACAAGGACUGUGCUUCUGCUGAUCUCAUCCGCUUUGCCAAGCUGUUCAAUACAUUUCUUGGUGCUUGUCCGGAUGCAUUUGCUGGCCUCACGCGCCUAUGGCUGCAAAAUAUGAGGUUUGGUGAAGAGGACAUCCCCAACAUGCUCAGCACAUGCAAGCGGUUGGAGUCUUUGCGUUUCUCCUUCUGCGACACAGGAAUCUGUUCCAGGCUGAAAUUGCAACACGAUCAACUUGUUGAGCUCGAGAUCGACUAUGGGCACUUUGAGAUCAUUGAUCUCAGCUGUCUACCAAAACUCCAACGAGUGAGCUAUAAUAACUGGUUUCCAUACGAAGAUCAUCCUCUCUCUUUUGGUUUUGUUCCGCGGCUUUCAAAGAUAAGCCUUUAUAAAACAGGUGUCUGUUCAGACAGGGCUCUUGUGUUGAGUCGGCUCCUUGCUACUUUCCUCUCCCUAAGCGAAUUGCAUCUGGAUUUCCGAAGCGAAAAGAUUUGGGUUCUACCAGAAUGCCCAAAACUGCUCGUGCCCUUGCUCGGUAAACUACGGCUUGUGAAUCUGGACAAUCUUCCUGAAGGAUGUGAUAUAGCUUGGACAAUGUUCAUUCUUGAAGCUGCACCCUCCCUAAAGGAGCUAUGCAUCACGGUAUGGGAUCACUGCAUGGAGAUAGAUAAGGAGCGUCGGAAGGCUCGUGGCCUCUGUGACAAAGCAAAUGUGGAGUGGAAACCGUCUGCUUCUGAUUUCAAGCAUAAGAAUCUUGCUAAGCUCACUAUUUAUGGCUUCCUGCCCGACGAUAACUUCAUGCGAUACAUCAGGCGUGUCCUAGAAGCUGCAGUGAACAUAAAGGAGAUAUCUCUGCACAACAAGAAGGUGUGCGAAGACUGUAGUGGCUUGGAUCCCAAGAUCAACGUUUGUUCAGCAAGAUAUCCACAGAGCGAUGAGGAGAGAAAGCAUGUUAUGAAGGAAUUGGGAAUGUCAUGGCAAGAUGUGAUUCACUUCCAGUCCUAAAUGAGAAAAUGUGAUGCACUGUAUCUCUAUGAUUGUUUAUGCAAAUCAUUCAGAACAUCACCAUGAUCAUCCUCUGUGUAGUUGGCAGUAGUUCCUGAACUCCAUAAUUCGGUAGUAACUGUAUAUUCACUUGUUUUCCCCUUCAAAUGAUGCUUGUACCGUUGCUAUGUGUUCUGAAUAUUCUGAUACUUGUGAUCCUCCCUUUAGAAAGUGGAUCAUGGCACCUUUUAGUGGUUAAAACAAAAUGCUGAUGCAUUGGAGAGUCCGGUGUAUUGCCAGGAUCUGUACCCUGAUUAUUACAAUUCCAUUUUCCAGGAAGAUUUGUGUUUGCACUCAAACCUUGUAGUAAAUUCUGAUUGUGUUGUGACUCAUUGGUUGACCUCA